GUGAAUAAAGGGCUCAGCACUUAGGAAGUGCUCAUAGAAAUCGAACCAAAAUAAUGCUGCCAUCCUGGGGUUUUGAACUCAGAAUCUGCGGAGAAAAUCAAGGUCGGGAAUGAGCCCUGGUCCAUGUUUGCUUCCACAGGUAGCUUGGAAGAAGACCCGCGCUCCCUGCUGGCCUGUCCCUGCUAGAUUUCAGUGCCUGGACCAUCUCCACUGAGCUGCUGCUUUCACUGGAGUGUGCUGCCACAGGUUGCUGUGCAGGCUGGCGUGGGCAGCUUGACCAGGAGACUGGUGGCUGCGGGCCCCUGCUCGGAGCAGCCCCCCUUGACCUCGCCUGGUGGAGAAGCAGCCCCAUGAAGGUGCCCAGCCAUGCAAUGUUCCUGGAAGGCCGUCCUCCUCCUUGCCCUGGCCUCCAUCGCCAUCCAGUACACGGCCAUCCGCACCUUCACGGCCAAGUCCUUCCACACCUGCCCCGGGCUGGCCGAGGCGGGGCUGGCCGAGCGGCUGUGCGAGGAGGGCCCCACCUUCGCCUAUAACCUCUCGCGCAAGACGCACAUCCUCAUCCUGGCCACCACGCGCAGCGGCUCCUCCUUCGUGGGCCAGCUCUUCAACCAGCACCUGGACGUCUUCUACCUGUUCGAGCCCCUCUACCACGUGCAGAACACGCUCAUCCCCCGCUUCACCCAGGGCAAGAGCCCCGCGGACCGGCGGGUCAUGCUGGGCGCCAGCCGGGACCUGCUGCGCAGCCUCUACGACUGCGACCUGUACUUCCUGGAGAACUACAUCCGCCCGCCGCCCGUCAACCACACCACCGACCGCGUCUUCCGCCGCGGGGCCAGCCGCGUGCUCUGCUCGCGCCCCGUGUGCAGCCCGCCCGGCGCCGCCGACCUGGCGCUGGAGGAGGGCGACUGCGUGCGCAAGUGCGGGCUGCUCAACCUCACCGUGGCCGCCGAGGCCUGCCGCGAGCGCGCGCACGUGGCCAUCAAGACGGUGCGCGUGCCCGAGGUCAGCGACCUGCGCGCGCUCGUGGAGGACCCGCGCCUCAACCUCAAGGUCAUCCAGCUGGUGCGCGACCCGCGCGGCAUCCUGGCCUCCCGCAGCGAGACCUUCCGCGACACCUACCGGCUGUGGCGGCUGUGGUACGGCACCGGGCGGCGGCCCUACAACCUGGACGUGACGCAGCUGACCACGGUGUGCGAGGACUUCGCCAACUCCGUGGCCACCGGCCUCACGCGGCCCGCCUGGCUCAAGGGCAAGUACAUGCUGGUGCGCUACGAGGACCUGGCCCGCAACCCCAUGAAGAAGACGGAGGAGAUCUACGGCUUCCUGGGCAUCCCGCUGGGCAGCCACGUGGCCCGCUGGAUCCAGAACAACACGCGGGGCGACCCCGCGCUGGGCAAGCACAAGUACGGCACCGUGCGGAACUCGGCGGCCACGGCCGAGAAGUGGCGCUUCCGCCUGUCCUACGACAUCGUGGCCUUCGCCCAGAACGCCUGCCAGCGCGUGCUGGCGCAGCUGGGCUACAAGAUGGCCGCCUCCGAGGAGGAGCUCAAGAACCCGGCCGUCAGCCUCGUGGAGGAGCGCGACUUCCGGCCCUUCUCGUGACCGCGCGGCGGGGCGCGGCGGGGCGGGGGCCCCGGGCGUCGGUUUUGAUAAAACGGACCGUUUUUAACUGUUGCCUUAUCUCCCUCUCCCCCCAGUGCCCGGUCUGUGUGUCCUUCCUGCCCCCUGGGCCCGGCCCCCGCUCCUUCUGCCUCUUUUUGACUCGGAAAUUUGCACUACGUCUCGGCUAGGAAUCCCCGGGGCAGAGGGGCCUUGAGUGGGGUCCGAUCCCCGCCCCGCUCCUUUCAGACACAGGUGGGACGGGUGUCGGCGGUGGGUGGUGACCAUGUUUACAAGCACCACACACACACACGUGCACACACACACACACACACGGGCGCCCACGCCAGAGACACCCCCAACCACACAAUUUCUGAAGCUUUCAGAAUGCUGGAGAGGGGUGGGGCAGGUCGUGUUUGUACUGUCUGAUUUCUACAAGGUAAGAGGUUGAAAACACAAAGGCCACCUCUCUCUCUAAUUUAUGAAUGGUGUCCCUCCCUCCCCAUCCUGCCUCCUGACCCCAAGGCUACUGCCCCCGGAGCAGAGAAACUGCCCCAUCCUGCACACCCGUGCCUGUCGGUGAGCAGGUUUUUACUGUGAGGUGAAUGUGGACCUUUAUUUUUUUCCAAUCUGUGGCGAUGCUGUCUGUCUGUCUGUCUGUCUGUCUGAGUCUUGUGGCUGCCCCUGGACUAGUGAUGGCUGAUAAAUCUUAGGGGUUUCUGAUUGAUCUUGGGGUCCAUCUAUGAUAUUUCUUUGUGCCAAAAAGAAAAAAAAAAAAAGUGAAUCAGUUUGCUAAAUGAACAUUGAAAUGCUUCAUCUGUGUUUUCUGUAAAUAAAAGUACAAUAA